UGAAAGUGGUGGAAGUGAGAGGAAAGCAAUCAUCUUUCUUUUUUUUAGUAUAUUUCAACGACACUUUCAAGUUUCAACCAACACUUGUUGGUCUUGUUGUUGUUCUGUUUUGUUUUCGUUUCUUCUCUUUAGAUCUCUUUCUCUAAAGUCUUAUCCUUUGGGUUCUGAUUCGAUAUCUUCUGUUUGGUUUUAGAUUUUAUCACUUUCUUUUAGAAUCUCAGUCUUUUCUUCUGAUCUGGGUUUUCUUCUCUCUGUUAACUUUAGCUGUUUGGUUGCAGAAACUUGUGAGUGUAGAUCAGUUGAAACCCUAACAAAGAUUAGAAAAGAGAAACCUUUUUAUAGGUUUUUGGGGUUUUGUCUCAUUCUGAGAAAUGGGUUCACAGGAUACUGCAGAUUGUUAAGAUGGAUUGAAAAGAAACAACCGUGUGACCUGCAGGUUGCUUGUCUAGUUGCUUGAGGCUUUUUGGUUUGGUAGAGAACUGAACUAGAGUUAUGAGAAGAGGUAGAGGGAAAGGAAAGAGGCAGAAUGCUACAGCUAGAGAAGAUCGUGGAAGCGGUGAAGAAGAAGAAGAAAAGAUUCCAGCUUAUAAGAGAAGAGGGAGGCCACAGAAGCCGGUGAAAGAUGAAGCCGAAGGAGAAGAAGAGAUCUUGGAGAAGGAUGAUGAUACAAAUGGUUCAGUAACAAGUAAAGAAGAUGUGACAGAGAAUGGAAGGAAGAGGAAGAAAGCACUAGAGUCUAAAGAGAGCAAUGUAACCGAAGAGGAGAAUGUGUUAGGUUCAAAAUCAAGCACAGAUGAUUCAGUGAAGUCAUCUUUGUCGAUAGGGUUUAGACAAGUUGGGAGCAGAAGGAAGAACAAACCAAGACGAGCUGCAGAAGCUGUUGUUGAAUGUCAUGGGUUUUGAAAAAAAAAAGAGCUUCUUAAAACGCUUUUGAAACCCGCCCUUUUGGGGUUUUUAUUGUUGACUUGAAUCACUUUUGUUGUUAGGACCCCGAGUUUGAUGCGGAUUGCGUUUCUGUUUCAUAUACAUGGAAUCGUAAUUUUGGAUUAUUCAUAACAGCACUGCCCUUUGUCUGA